AUGUCUUCUUUGACUUCUCCCGAGUCAAGCUCUAUCCCUUUAGUCGUCAUCGGCUGGGGACGGGAGAACGGUAUCAUCUUUAUGCCCAAAAUCUUCUCCGAGCAUCAGCCUACCUAUGUCAUGACUGCUAUGAUCGAUUUCGUUGAAACGCGAGAACCUUACCGUUACUCGCCGCAAACCCUGGGGGCGGUCCUGCAUAAUCUGCAUCCUCGUCCAAGGGCACUUGUCAUUGGCAUCGCUGUCCCUCCGUCUCUAGUCGACGAAAUGACCGUUGUAUGGAAUGAGUAUGUCGAUACCGUUCUGAAAGAGGAGUUUAAGGAGAACGAGGAGUGGAAGAAGAACGUGUGCUCUCCUCUACCGCUUACCCAUUACGUUGACCCUAGUGUCGGAAAGCCACCAAUGGAUAUUGGUUGGGAGCUGGAAAUGUUUAAGCAUCUGGAUGCCGUAUUCAAAUCCUAG